CCCAGCCGCAGCUGUACUUCCGGGUUAAGUGUAACCAUUUCCGGGAAAAAGCUCCUGGUUUCUUAGCAACGGCAUAGCGUCAAGACGAGACUCUAUGUAUGUGAUGUGAGAAGCGGAGGUCCGUGCAGGUGACAUGACCCGGGCGGGGAACCUGUGUCUGAGCUCGGCGGGAGCCCAAGUGUCUCUGGCCACAUCCAGCGAUGAGAGACACCCGGCGGAGCACAUCAUUGAUGGAAUUUCUGCAUCUCCUUCUAGAAAUCCAGAGACAUUUUGGACAACGACAGGAAUGUUUCCUCAGGAAUUCAUCAUCAGUAUGAAUGGCUUACAGAAGAUCGGAAAAAUCAUCAUGGAGAGUUCAUUAAUAAAAAAUGUAAAAAUCUACUCAAGUGCAUCCAAAGAACCAAUAAACUUUGAGCUGUGCCUGGAGAGAGAACUUGAGCAUGUGGAAGGACAGUUCCUAACAGAGGAGAUCACUCUUCCUGGUGUUCAGGCGACUCACUUGCGUUUUCUUAUUGUCUCCGGAUAUGAUCAUUUUGUCUCCAUGCGUAGUGUAUCGGCAGAGAGCGUCAUAUAAACUGUGGUAUUGUAUUAGAUGAUCGGUGUAAAAGAUUUACCCAAACACAUGAUUCAGAGGACCUGACCAUGGAAGCUUCUACAACAGCUCUUGUAACCACUGACAUGUAACUUCAUUAUUUUGUACGGAAAAUAAAUUUGUUAAAUUAUGUGUAGUUACU